CAGGCCGGUAAGUACCGGGGAGGUCUUUCCUGGCUUCUGCGUUGGAAGUGGCGAGGGCCCAGUUUGGAAUAGGUAUGAGCGAUUUCAGUGAAGAAUUCACAAGGCCAGCAUCGGAGGAUGAGCAGGGGGAAGCGGCCGUGCUUGCCGGUACUGGAAUGCAUUAUCCUUGGCUUCAAAAGCUGGUAGAAACUGUGGUGAUCGGAGGGAAGAGGAAGAAGGAUUUUGCCGUGACAACAAGUACUUGCCUGGGUUUUAUCCAAGCGGCUCUGCUGAAGCACCAGUGGCAGGAAGCUGCAGAAUACAUGCACAGUUAUUUUCAGACCUUGGAAGAUUCAGAUACCUACAAAAAGCAGGCUGCACCAGAGAUUAUUUGGAAGCUUGGAAGUGAAAUUCUGUUUUAUCAUCCCAAAAGCAAUGUGGAGACUUUCAAUACCUUUGCCGACCGGAUGAAAAAUAUUGGUGUUUUGAAUUAUUUAAAGAUCUCCUUACAACAUGCAUUGUAUCUUGUACAUCAUGGAAUGCUGGAGGAUGCAAACAGAAACCUCACUCAGGCAGAGACAUGGAGAUAUGGUGAAAAGUCGUCUUCCCAGGAAACAUUAAUCAACCUUGUUCAGGCCUACAAAGGGCUUUUGGAUUAUUAUGCUUGGUCAGAAAAGAAGAUGGAAUUAUCAAAGCUUGAUAAAAAUGAUUACUCUUAUGGCGCUGCAACCCGGAAUGUGCUCAGCCUCAGUUGCAAGACAUCUGCAAGUCUGUGUGCAUUGCUUAAAACUCCUGGAGUUUGGGACCCAUUUGUCAAGAGUUAUGUAGAGAUGCUGGAAUUUCGUGGUGAUCACGAAGAAGCCCGAAAGGUCCUCACUAAUUAUGCAUAUGAUGACAAGUUUCCCUCAAAUCCAAAUGCCCAUAUCUAUUUGUACAACUUCCUGAAGAGGGAGAAGGCACCAAGAGCGAAACUGCUAAGUGUGCUAAAGAUUUUGUAUCAAAUUGUACCAUCUCAUAAGCUGAUGUUAGAAUUCCAUACAUUACUUAGAAAAUCAGAAAACGAAGAACACCAUAAACUGGGGUUGGAAGUUUUGUUUGGAGUCUUAGAUUUUGCUGGGUGCACAAAGAAUGUAACUGCUUGGAAAUAUUUGGCAAAAUAUCUGAAGCAGAUUUUAAUGCAGAAUCACCGUGCAUGGGUUCAAGAAGAGUGGAACUCCAGGAAGAACUGGUGGCCAGUUUUUCACUUUAGCUACUUUUGGGCAAAAAGUGAUUGGAAAGAAGAUACAGCUUUGGCCUGUGAGAAAGCUUUCGUAGCUGGAAUGCUGUUAGGAAAAGGUUGUAGAUAUUUUCGAUACAUCUCAAAACAAGAUCAUCAGAUGUUAAGGAAAAAAAUUAAGCGCAUGAAGAAAUCAGUGAAAAAAUACAGUAUUGUAAAACCAGGACACUGAUAAUAACAUUUAGUUAUUUUACAGUAGCUACCAAGUAGUAUUUCAUUGGUUAAUGUUUAUAUUUAUUUGUUGUCUUAACAACUACACAAAUUUAUUUUUGUAUAUUUUUUGUAUUUUGUUUUCAAUUAUUGCUAAAGAAAGAGUUUCACUGUCUGCUCCUUGAAAGUAUGUAUUUUCUUGUUUGUAACACUAACAUUUAUUAAGAAAUAGUUUUUAAAGUGAAAAACAUUUGUUUAAUUAGUACAAUACUACAGCAGUUACCAUGUGCAGAUCUUUCUCUGAAACUGU